UCCGGCUUCCAGCUGACGGGCAGCCGAGGGUCGGUGUCCGUGUCCAGAGCUCCAGAACCGGGACAGUCUGCCGGACCAUGGACGAGCUUCAGCAGCCCGGUGGGCCCAACAGCAGCACAACCCAGAAGAGAGAAGACUACCUGGAGUGGCCGGAGUACUUCAUGGCUGUCGCCUUCCUGUCGGCCCAGAGGAGCAAAGACCCCAGCUCACAGGUGGGAGCGUGCAUCGUGAACCAGGAGAACAAGAUCGUGGGCAUCGGCUACAAUGGCAUGCCCAACGGCUGCGAUGAUGACCUGCUGCCGUGGUCUCGGUCUGCUGACGACCGCCUCGACACCAAAUACCCCUACGUGUGCCACGCGGAGCUCAACGCCAUCAUGAACAAGAACAGCGCAGACGUGAAGGGCUGCAGCAUGUACGUGGCUUUGUUCCCCUGCAACGAAUGCGCCAAGCUCAUCAUCCAGGCAGGUCUGAAGGAAGUGGUGUAUCUCUCUGACAAGUACCACGACUCACCUGAGAUGACCGCAUCCAGAAGGCUGCUCACCUUGGCAGGGAUACAGUACAGGCAGUUCAAGCCCAAGAGGACCGAGAUUGUCAUUGAUUUUAAUUCCAUUAACCACCCUGGAAUGCUGAACCGCGCGACCAAGUGAAAAUGCAAAAGACUCACCUUGGGGAGCCGCUGAAUGAGGCGGGGAGGCGGAGGAGGAAUGACGAGAUUGAAAGGGACUUUGAUGCCUCUUUUCUGUAGGUCUUCUUGCCCCCUGCUUUGUCCAAAGGAAAACUCAAGGAUAUCUCGACUUUGCCGUCUUUUGAUAUUUUGAUUAACCGGAUAUUCAAGAUAGUUUCAUUUGACGCUUCGCCCUUUGUGGCUGACUGUAGCAGAAGGUCUUUCUUUGUUGCUUACACUUUUUUUCCUUUUAAAACUCCCUUUGGGUUUAGGAAUACACAAGGCCUCUGAACAAACUGUCUUGAGUGUUUGAUUUAAAAUCUUUUGUGCUGUGAAUCAGAUUUUUUCAUGGCUGUCUGCACAGGGGAAAACCUGAAAUCAUUUUUUUUUUCUCCUUCAAACAAGGUCCCAGACUGAUAGAGAGAACCUUGAUAUUCAGAUCACUUGGCCUUUCUUCGCAUUCACAGUGGAGGCUGCCCACAAAGUCAGCCAGUGGUGCGCCGGGAGCUGCCGUCAUUAGCGUCGGCCUGCGGCUGCCGUGUUAACACGCAGGGUUUUGGGGUGGCGGCUGCGUGCAUGAAUGUUUUAUGGGAGCGUUGUACAGAAUGACCAGGCCUCCUAGUCCCACAGCCUCAUGCUAAUUUUACUUGUACUGGACAUAAUUGUUUUUAAUGCAGGUUUGAUGCGUGCUGCUGAACCUGAUGAGGUUUUCUCUGCAUAUCAUUUACGGCUAAUUAGCGUUAAGCUAACACAAUGUUUGCAGACCUGUUCAGCCUGUUUUCUUUUAUGUCACAUUUUACUUUUUUCUAAUUGGAAUCUCCUCUGGAUUGUGAUGCUUUCUGCAACACGUGAGGAGUCAAAAGCAAGCGUGUUGAAUGCAUGAGUUUUUUUGUUUUCACUUUAGUGUCAUGAUAGCAAAGUGCUUUUUAAAACAUGUGAGUGUGGAUGAUGCUGCCACUUUAUCUAUGAGUGUUAGUCGAGCUGAAAACAGUCCAUCCUCGGGCUGUUCCGGUACCUGACGUGAUGCUUUAACAGCUGUAUGAAAACUAGUCGCUGGUCAUCGUGUGUCUGUGGACUGACCACAUGUAUGUACAUAAAGGUGACUCUUCAACUAUGUCCACUGUUGCUGCAGUUGAAGUCAAUAAAGGUGAGACCACGUGUGC